AUGAUGGGCAAGGAGAAACUGGAGAACGGCGGCAAGACGCGCCUCAAUAUUGAAUACCCCAUGCUGUUCGAGCUGAGCGGCUCGCAAGGGCGCGUCACCCAUUGCGGAGUGCUGGAGUUUGUGGCUGAUGAGGGCUUGUGCUACCUUCCUCACUGGAUGAUGCAACAACUCUUGCUCACCGAGGGCCAGCUUAUCAAUGUCAAGAGUGCCACCCUUCCCAAAGGCACCUACACGAAGCUGCAGCCCGUCGACGAGACCUUCUUGGAUCUCACCAACCCUAAGGCAGUGCUGGAGAACGCACUCAGGAACUGGUCCGCCCUCACCGCAGGCGACGUGAUCAUCAUCAACUACAACAAAAAGAACUAUGAGAUCAACGUGCUCGAGGUGAAGCCUGACACCCCCUCUCACGCCAUUUCGAUCAUCGAGGCCGAUGUGAUGGUCGACUUUGCCCCUUCAGAAGACCAGCUGAAGAAGGCCGAGCAAGCGCGCCGACAGCAGUUGGAGAAAGCGGCCGUGAGUUCGAUCAAGGGCAAGGGCAAGGCUACGGAGAAGGAGGCGCCCGGGGCCAAACCGGCGGAGCCUGAGCCCGAGGUGCCGAAGCCCUCCUUCCCCGGAUCCGGCUUCAGACUCGACGGCAGGUCCAUCACCAAACCAGCGGCCGACUCGACGCGAAAGCCGGGCGGACUGGUCUUUGGAGCGGGGAACACCGCCGCGGCCGCCGCCAGCGCCAAGGCCAACGCCCCAGCGGCCAGCAAGGACCAAGGCAAGAAGAAGGAGGAAGAGAAGAAGCCCGCCCCGCAGGAGGAGAAGAAGUUCGUGCCCUUCUCGGGCGCCGGCUACUCGCUCCGAGGCUAG